AUGAAUUCCUACUUCACUAACCCUUCCUUAUCCUGCCACCUCGCCGGGGGCCAGGACGUCCUCCCCAACGUCGCCCUCAAUUCCACCGCCUAUGAUCCAGUGAGGCAUUUCUCGACCUAUGGAGCGGCCGUGGCUCAGAACCGGAUCUACUCGACUCCCUUUUAUUCGCCACAGGAGAAUGUCGUGUUCAGUUCCAGCCGAGGGCCGUAUGACUAUGGAUCUAAUUCCUUUUACCAGGAGAAAGACAUGCUCUCAAACUGCAGACAAAACACCUUAGGACAUAACACACAGACCUCAAUCGCUCAGGAUUUUAGUUCUGAGCAGGGCAGGACUGCGCCCCAGGACCAGAAAGCCAGUAUCCAGAUUUACCCCUGGAUGCAGCGAAUGAAUUCGCACAGUGUGUGUUUUGUGCCCGGAUCUCUAGGGGUCGGCUAUGGAGCGGACCGGAGGCGCGGUCGCCAAAUCUACUCGAGGUACCAGACGCUGGAACUGGAGAAGGAAUUUCACUUCAACCGCUACCUAACGCGGCGCCGGCGCAUCGAGAUCGCCAACGCGCUCUGCCUGACCGAGCGACAGAUCAAGAUCUGGUUCCAGAACCGCCGGAUGAAGUGGAAAAAAGAGUCUAACCUCACGUCCACGCUCUCAGGGGGCGGCGGAGGGGCCGCGGCUGACAGCCUGGGUGGAAAAGAGGAAAAGCGGGAAGAGACAGAGGAGGAGAAGCAGAAAGAGUGACCAGGACUGUCCCUGCCACCCCUCUUUCUCCUGCUCCCUCGCUCCCCCCAUACCCUCCUAAUCACACACUCGAUAUUUAUCACUGGCACAAUUGAUGUGUUUGGACUCCCUGAGACAAAAUUAGGGAGUCAAAUAUGGACCUGAAGAGUCAACUCUGGACGCCCCCCUCCCUCACCGCACAAACUCUUUUCACCAGGCGCCUCCUCCUCCUCGCUCCCUCGCUAGCUCGUUCUCGGCUCGUCUGCAGGCCCCUUCCCCCGCCCAGGCCUUGGGGCUCGUCCCUGAACCUCGCUUUAGACUCCACAGAUCUCCCUCCAAACGAGGACUUGGCCUCCCACCCCCUCGGCGCCCCCCAUCUCCGCCCCCGCGCAGAGAGCCGGCUCCCGGGCCCCGGGGGCCUCUGCUCCCGGGCCUCGGGGCCCGGCCUCGCAGCCGGGGAGGGUGGGAGGCCCGAGGAGGGCGCGUCGGGGCCCCACAGCAGCCCCCAGGGCCUCCCCGCAGCCCCCGCCCGGCCCCUCUGCCCCAGCAAAUGCCCAGCCCAGGCGAAUUGUAUUUAAAGAAUCCUGGGGGUCAUUAUGGCAUAUUACAAACUGUGACCGUUUCUGUGUGAAUAUUUUUAGCUGUAUUUGUGGUCUCUGUAUUUAUAUUUAUGUUUAGCACCGUCCGUGUUCCAAUCCCAUCUUAAAAAGGAAAAAAAAAAAAAGAGGGAAAAUUACAAAAAGAAAAAAGUGAGCGACGUUUGUUUAGCCAGUAGGAGAAAAAAAAUAAAAAUUCCCUCGUGUUACCUUCCUGUAUAAAUCCGACCUCUG